AUGCUUCCAAGACUUAGAACAUGCUCGUAUGUCCUUAGGCAUUAUGCGAAACAUUUCUAUUCAUCUCAUUCCGGUGCUCCGAGAAUAAAUACAAUUCAUGAUAUAUAUGACAAGUAUACUAAAGGUAUACCAUUGACAAUGUGCACUGCUUAUGACUACAUUACUGCUAAUUGGGUUCAAAAAUCGAAUUGCGAUAUGAUACUGGUUGGAGAUUCUUUGGCAAUGACCACUCUGGGUUAUGAUUCAACAACAGAUCUUUCAUUGCAAGAGUUCAAUUACCAUGUCAAAUCUGUAUGCAGAACUAGUGGACCAGCAUUGAUUAUCGCAGAUAUGCCAUUUGGCAGUUUUGAAGCCAGUAUCGAAACCGGUAUUUCAAAUGCUAUAGAUAUGAUGAAAUUGAGUCACAAAGUCACCUCAUUGAAACUAGAAGUAGGCCUUCACUCCAGAGAUGGCUAUACGAUAAAGUUGAUAAAACAAAUCUGCUCGAGAGGCAUACCAGUAGUGGGACAUAUUGGGCUAACACCUCAAAAAAUUCAUUCGUUGGGUGGAUAUAAAGUUCAAGGGAACAAAAAAAUCCAAGAUGCAAAAGAAUUGUUGGAGACGGCGUUGAUGUUACAAGAGGCCGGAUGCUGGGCGUUGGUACUCGAAUGUGUACCUCAUAAGAUUGCGAAAUAUAUAACGUCAAAGAUGUCUAUCCCCACAAUAGGUAUAGGAGCCGGGAGUGGUACAAGUGGUCAAGUGCUUGUUGUUAGCGACAUCUUAGGUAUGAAAGAUGGUUAUGUACCCAAGUUCGUAAAGCAAUAUGCACAAUCGCAAGACCAUUCAAUCACAGCUCUAUGUAAGUUCAAUUCCGAAGUCGAAGAAAGGAGUUUUCCGAAUGACGAGGUCCAUGCCUUCAAAAUCAAAGACGAAGUAUGGAAGAGUUUUAUAGAUUCAGAAGCCAAAAGCUAA